AUGUCAAUCAGGAUCGUAUCACCCAAGCGGAUAGGAUGGUGUACUCGAGCCAUCCCGUCGACUUCAACCAACCGGCAGCUCAGCCGUCGCAAUGAACUGGCCUUCCCGGGGCCUGAGCCUGGCUUUGGUCUCGCACCACGCCCGCGACAUCCAACACGGCGUUCCUUCACACACUUCCGAGAAGUGUUCAAUCCGAAGGAGAAGGCUUCACCACACGCCGGAUCGAGCUCCACAGUGAUCAGCAUCAGAAAUGCCAACGUCUUCCCCUUUGGAGUUCCCUCCGACUCACCCGACUCGGCGCUUUUCAACUCGCUGGCAUGGACCAUCCAAGAUCCUGAAUGUUGGGGGAUCCUCUGCUCCUCUUCUGCGCCUUCCAAAACGCACCUUCUCGACGCCUUGCAGGCCAAAACGCGCUUCGACCCACCCCAUGCCGUCAGCUACCCACUUCUUGACUCCCUUCCACCCGUCGCGAGACCCCAAGCCCAAGGUGGGCCCCGACAUCGUUCGGUUCAAGACCUGAUUGGUUUCGUCUCUUUUCGAACAAGGUUGGACCAGAAGACGGGGGAAUUUGAGGAUUACACUUCGAGGUAUUACGCCAUUCGGGACGAGGACAAGUUGACGCUUCGGGAUCAUCUGAGGAAUUAUGUCCCUUUUCAAGAAGAGGCGACGAAGGAAUCGAUCGAUCGCCUUAUCGAGGAGACCGCGACUUCGUUGGAGAUGGAGAGCUUUUUGGACUUGCCUUUGGUCACGCUGAGCAAUGGUCAGACAAGAAGAGCGAGGAUCAUGAGAGCUUUGUUGGCGAAGCCCGAGAUGCUGAUUCUCGAGGAGCCUUAUAGUGAGUUGCGUGUUGCGGGUCUCGCUCUUACAGAACCACUGACUCAUCCCUCUUACGACGCCAAAUAGCCGGCCUGGACGUUUCGUCACGAUCCCUCCUCUCUGAAGUGCUUGAACGCCUACACUCUCAACGCUCACCUCGGAUCCUCGUCGUCCUCCGUCCUCAAGACCCCCUACCUCCUUUCGUCACCCACCUAGCGCUCAUAGACCCCCACAUCCCACGCAAAAUCACCUUCGGCACAACACCCGAGAUACUCUCUCUCCCGGACGCUCAAAAGAUGAUUGAGACAGGGAAAAAAGAACGAGAAGCUUCUGCUUCGAGGAAAGCUGAACGCAGGAGGAAAGCCAGGGAGGAGGCGGGGGCAGGAGAGGUGUUGGUUCGGUUGGAUAAGGUGAAUGUCGUUUAUGGGGUUGGGGAGAAGGCGAGGGUGGUCUUGAAGGAUGUGAGUUGGACGAUUAGGGAGGGGGAGAGGUGGGUAUUGGCGGGGCAUAAUGGUGAGGUUCCAAUCUCAGAGCGUGCAGGUCCGGACCAUCGACACAGAAGGAACUAAUCGACUCCCCACUGAAAUACAGGAUCAGGGAAGAGUACGCUGCUCUCCCUUAUCUUGGGUGAUCAUCCCCGAUCUUUCGUAGAGGACAUUACCCUCUUUGGCAAACCACGAAGCUCCUACGCCACAGCAACGCGUGAGUCGGCCCCAAACCUCUUCAUAGUGUCAACUGAGCCGACUAACACCCACCCAACCUGCAGUCCAAUCUCACAUCGGCCACGUCUCCCCCGAAAUCGCGUCCUCCUUCCCUCGCAAAUCCCUCCCCGCCGGCCUAACAGUCCAAGAAUCGAUCUUAACAGGUUUCGAAGCCAUCUUCUGUUAUCGCAAACCCACCCCACCUCAAAUCGAAGCCUUACGCGAGCUACUCGACGACUUCCGACAUCCACGAAUCACAUCAGAAUUCCUCAACCUGGGUUUCGCGGACCUAAGUCCAGGUGAUCAAUCCCUCGUUCUUCUAUUGAGGGCUUUAGUCAAACGACCCAAAUUACUCGUUUUGGACGAGGCCUUUUCGGGGAUGGAUUCCGAGACGAUUGGCAUCGUCAAGAGGUAUAUAGAUCAAGGACUGAAGAAGGAUCAAGCGGUGGUUUUAAUAAGUCAUUUCGAGGAGGAGUUGCCCAGGAGCGUGAAUCGCAGUUUGAUGUUGGAGAAGGGGAGGGUCGUGUUGGAUUGA